AUGGAUCUGCCGCCUGAUUUAAGAACGUUUCACCGGUCAAGGGACAUUAGGACCGCGAAAGAUUUAGCGACUACGGAUUCCACGAACGAGGAUAAAGCGAGCCACUCCUACUGCAAAUUGACUUCUUUGAUCUGUCUGGAAAAGAAGGAAAGUGCAGUGAAUCCGUACAAUCGGGUGGACUGGACGAAAAUGAACUCAAAAUGGCCACUUCCGGACACGGACGACAAUGAGAUCAAUGCCGUUAACAGCCUGCCACAACUUGACUGCGGUGCCUUCCCGAAAUCCUACAUGGACACGUGUUCCUGUUGCCCUCGGGGGAUCUUUGACAAGCACGAUACCGACACCGUCAACAACUACAGGAGUAUCGUGCUCAAGGACGACGAUUGCUGUAAGACUCACUGGACGAGGAAAGAGCGUUAUCAGAAAAUUAAAGCGAAAGUCGACAGAGCUAUUAAGAGGCACAAAAUAUUUCUGAUACGCGGUGAGUUACCGAAAUUGAAAGAAGCUCUGGAGAAAAGGGGUUGGGUGCAAAAAUACGAAGCUACAAAAACAAGAGCUGUACCUUAUGGCAGCGUAGCCAGCUUAGAAGCAAGAUCGUUGGGCGAUUUGACCCAACCGGACGGUACUUUAAACGAGAAGGCGGUAAUUUUCGCUUUGUUACGUCACAAAUCGCCAGACUUUAUAUGGGACUGUCGGAACGACUUUGUCGAUUGGCAUCGUGGCUUGAGUAACAAUAUCAUUCUCAACAGAUACCAAAAACCUUUCGUCUACACUUCCAAGCUAGGAAUGGCUCGUUUGUUGGAGGAAGCUCACUGGCUGUACGAGAAGGACGUGUCGUCGGUAUUAUUCCCUCGAAGUUACAACCUGAACAGAGAGCCGAAAGCGUUUCUCGAUGAUUUUCGUUUGACCGCUGCCGCUGGUCUGUUGAAAUGGUUCGUCGGAAGAAUGCACGAUGGCCAGGGUUUCUCGGAGUCGGGACAUCGACCGAUUCUAAUGAGUCGACUGGAGUUUGCCAUAAAACGCUGCGAGGAAUUUAUCGCCCGUGAAAUCCACCAAAACAUAGACAAAGACUUUGCGACCGAGUUUUCCGAAGAGGAAUGGAAUUCCUUUUUGGACGAUUAUACCGCAGCCGUACACGAGGGAGCUGGAAUCGAGACCACCUCGGAAAAAAGUCGAGAUCAGCUACAAAAAUAUCUAGAGGCGACGAAUCCGAUACUGGCAAGAUUGAAAGAGAUAGAUCCGCAAUACGAAUUAAACGGAAUGAGAAACAUAUGGAUAUUAAAACCGAGCGAACUUUGUUGCGGCACGGGAAUCAGCAUAUCUCACAGUUUAAAGGAUAUAUUUCGAAAGAUAAAGAGCAGACCGAAAGACUACUUCAUUGUUCAGAAGUACAUUGAACGUCCGUUGUUGAUUCACGAUACGAAAUUCGACAUAAGGCAGUGGUAUUUGGUUACAAAUACAUUUCCCAUGACAAUAUGGGUGUUCAAGGAAGGACUCCUACGAUUCAGCUCGAAACCCUACACUUUCUCAACUUAUCACGAAGCGAUUCAUAUCUGCAAUACCGCCAUUCAGGAGAAAUACGACGAGGAGAGGAGGAGACGGAGAAAACGUGGAAAUUCGGAGGAAGUCGUAAAAUCGAUUCGCGAUCAAGGAUGGGACUGCGAGAAGCUGAACGAAUAUUUAAAGCAAACGGGGCUCGACGGCGAACCGUAUUACGACAAGAUCUAUACGAAAAUGUCGGAAGCCAUAGUUCUGACGAUGCUGGCCUCCCAGGAGCACAUGGACAGACGACGGUGUAGUUUCGAGCUAUAUGGGGCCGAUUUCGUCGUGAUGGAGGACCUUUCGGUUUGGUUGAUCGAGAUCAACACGAAUCCCCGGAUGCAUCCUCCUAGCUCGAGAAUUACCAAACGCCUCUAUUCCAAUGUUCUCGAAAGCUUGGUGAAAGUGAUAAUGGAUGUACCGGUGAAUCCGGCUGCAGACACGGGUGGUUUCAGCCUGGUAUACAAGCAAAAUAUACCCGACUUCCGACCUUAUCUCGGUCCUUGCCUCUUCGUGUUUGGCAAGUCGAUAACGUUGCAAGAACAUCCGCGGAAACGAGAGAAGAGAAAGAAAGGAGGAACCGGUUGGGUGAAACAACAACAGCAGCAUCAGCAGCAUCAGCAGCAACAGCAGCCCCGUGCGUGGACCGCCCCACCGAUGAUUCCACGAUUGAGGGAGCCGAAAAUAGUCGACUUUAUCGACUACUUGAACACCGCCCGCUGUACAGCCGCCAACUGAUGUCCCGCCGUUAAGUAGCUAUCGCGACAUUAGGCCGGUGCGUUCGGUUGACAUUCGGUUGAUCGUUGCACGAUAUUUAAUAAAUCGAAAUGUAGAAGGCAAAGCGUAUCUUCCAGUUAAACGUAUAAAACUCGUAAACGGCAGGUACAUGCGAAGAAUCGCGGGAAAAUCGUUAAAGUUGGAACGACCCAGUUUUUUCAUAGAGAGCCGAACAUCGAAACAAUUUUGGUAGAUGCUCGCGUUCGACCUCCAUCGCGACCAGUUGAAAAAAAAAGAAACAAAAAGGUCUGCUCUCUUUUUGCAGGAAGUUCCUCGCGACGAACGUUGCGUUAUAUUCAUAUAGCUUGGCAAUUUCGUCACGUUGGUGGGCCGGCGUAUGGAUAAAAAUUCUGUUACACGUAUCUCGACCGAGUUUGUCGCAACCUAGGAUAUUCGGGCUGGCUACGAUUCUUUACGAUUCUUCCUUGUUUAUCCGGUCCGCUCGAGAUCGCGUGCACGUGCAGCUUUCCAAGAAAAGUCAAUCGCACCGAGCUGUAAUUAACGGACACAAGAUAAAAGAAAUAAUCAACUAUGCCAUUAACGAAUCGUCGUUUCUUACGUCGCUUCCUGUAAGAAUUAUCAAUCCAUUGUACUCGCUCAAGCUAAACGGACGAAUCCACUUUCCUCGUCAAAAGUCUUUUAUCGCUACUCGUGGUAUAGACGAACGAAAUAGUUCCUCGGGUUUCGUUCGUUUUACGCGACCAAAUGUACGAUCCGUACCAAUUAUACGUUCCGGCGAGAAUCUAACCUGUCGCUUUUGUAACCUUAAAUAUAUACUUUGCAGUUCGCCAUGCAACGAAACCAAUGCCCGGAUUGUUUUUCAGAUAUAACAAGGUAGCAAUAACAGUUAAGUAACGAGUUCAAACCUUUGAACCGCCGCACAGAAACUCCGUUGUACGACUCAAUCA